CCCGCAUUCACUUUUUUUUCCUUUGAAUAAUGCCUCUAUUCACCUCGAAGUAUCCUUCGAUUCCACAGCCUCAAACUGGGAUCAUACAUACUCUUUUCGAAACGGAUAACCAGAACGUAGAUCGCGUUUGUUAUGUGGAUGCCUUAUCCGGUCAGGAACUUACAUUCAAACAAGUUAAGGACAUGGCGUAUCGUUUCGCUGCUGGACUACAAGAUGUCUGUGGGUUCCAACGAGGAGACGUUCUUGCAAUGUAUGCUCCAAAUCUGGUGGAUUAUGCUGUGCCCGUUUUCGGCACGUUAGUCGCUGGAGGAACUGUCAGUCCCGCAAACCCAUCCUACACCGUCGACGAAUUGGUUCAUCAACUCGGUGAAACCAAGGCCAAGGUUAUCGUCGCUCACCCAUCCAACGUAGAAACGGCCUUGAGCGCUGCAAAGGUUGUUGGCAUCGCGCAAGCUAAUGUCUUCGUUUUUGGAAACGAUGUGGUCAAAGGUGUCCAACCUUAUUGCAAAGUCUUACUCGGCAAUCGCGUUGCCAAACCUGUUGAGUUUGAAUCAGCCGAACAAGCUCGCGAAACGCUUGCGUUCCUGUGCUUCUCCUCGGGAACAACAGGAAAGAGCAAGGGCGUGAUGACAACACAUGGCAACAUGGUAUCCAACAUUUUCCAGUAUUGCGCUUUGGAAGCAGGCUUAUACGAAAAAGAAUCUGCGCGUAUUAUGGCUAUCCUUCCCUUUUUCCAUAUCUUUGGUCUGACUGUUGUCUUGCAUGCGCCGUUAUACAUGCAUAGGCCAGUGUAUGUGCUACCGCGAUUCGAUCUUGACCAGUUCUGUGGCACCGUACAGAAGCACAAGAUCACAUUCAGCUGCGUGGUACCACCUGUUUUGUUGCUGUUGGCGAAAUCUCCAGCAGUUGACAAGUACGACUUAUCGUCCCUGGAUGCUUUGCUAUCCGGUGCAGCGCCUCUGGAUGCAUCCUUGGCCGCUGAAGUCGAAAAACGUCUUGGCGGUUGUCGUGUAAAGCAAGCCUAUGGACUUACAGAGACUUCGCCUGCUGUCUGUAUUCAGGCCGAAGAUAAUAUUGUUCCAGGCUCGUCCGGAGUUCUUGUACCCAAUCUGCUUGCCAAAAUCAUGGGUGACGAAGGAAAAGAGCUUGGCAUUGGUGAGCGCGGUGAGCUAUGGGUAAAGGGCCCUAACAUCAUGAAGGGAUAUCUUAACCGCCCAGAGGAAACUGCAAACUGCCUUGACGCCGAGGGAUAUUUUCACACUGGAGACGUUGCAAUCAUCAAUGAAACUGGCCACGUCUUCAUCGUCGACCGUAUCAAGGAAUUGAUUAAAUACAAGGGCUUCCAGGUCGCGCCGGCUGAGCUAGAAGGCAUACUGCUCAAGCAUCCAGGAGUAGCGGAUUGUGCUGUCAUUGGCGUAUAUGAUCGAGAGCAGGUUACUGAAAUUCCUCGCGCGUAUAUUGUGCUCAAGCCAGGCGUCGAACGCAGCGAGAAAACAGCCGAGGAACUCAAGAAAUUUGUGGCAGAAAAGGUGAUCAGUUACAAGAAAAUCCAGUCGCUCAUAUUCCGUGAUCAAAUCCCAAAGAGCGCUACUGGAAAGAUAUUGCGAAACGUUCUGCGGAUUGAAGUCAAGGAAGAAGAGGCGAAGAAGACAUCAAAGUUAUAAGACGUAUCCAUUGGGUGUAUGUCUUUGUUGUCCAUCAGGACAUUGUAGAAUAUUAGCUUUUAUCGUAUUUCACUAUAAUUGUACACAGAAAUUCUGUUUCCGUGGAUAUUUGGAAGAGGCGAAAGAAGUCAUUGAUUUAAACCAUUGCGUAAGGAUGUGGCAAGAGUAG